AUGCACUCUCAAUUUUAUUAACUUGAUUUAUAUUAAGAUGAGGAUCACCAAAAUAUGAUGAUGGAAUGCUAUGAAGGAAACACUCCAAUUAUAUUAAAGGAUAAAGGUGAGGAGAAAUUGAAUAUUUUAAGAAAUAUAAAGGAGUUUAUUCUUUAUUAAGAUUAUUUGUUUAGAUGCUAUUUAAAGGAGAAUAUGCCUUCUAAAUAAGACUUUGAUUCUUAUAUUGAAAUAUAUACAUUCGAUAAAAAAUAAAAAAUUUUUUAACCAUACAUGAGAAUGGAUCUAUCAAUUAAGAAAUGUAUAAUAUUUAUAAAGCCUUGUAGAUUUUACAAUUGGUAAUAAUGGAUUAGUAAAUAAUUCUAAUUUAGAAAUUAAUGAAUUAGAACUUAAUGAUCCUCAAAUAGAAUUGAUGCAUAUGGAAGUAAAUUAUGAAGAUUUAUUAUUACCAAUAAAAAGUAAAGAUAAUUUAAUGAAUAAUAUUAAUAAAAGAUUAGCUGAUUAUGCAUCUGAUAUAUCGAUAAAAAUUAAAGAAUAAAUAGUCAAUAAUUUAAUUGGAAAUUGUUAAGAUAAACUAAAAAUUAAAAGUUUAAAAAAAUAAUCUUAAUUGCAUCCUUUGAUAGAUAUUAAUUCUUCUAUUGAAUAUUAGAAAUUAAAAUAAAACAAUAAAUAUAAAUUAGGAGGUGGAGAUUCUAAUCCCUAUAUAAUAAAAAUCUUAGAAAUUAAAAGCAGCUUAUUAAUUUUAUCGAUUGAUCCAAAUAUUAAGUAUUAAAUCAAAGGAAUUAAUUAUGACUUAGAAUAUCUUUAUACUCAUUAAUAAGAUUAAGAGAUUUAAAUGAUAUUUUAGUCUCCAACAAUAAAAAUAAGAAAUGAAGCUGAUCGCAAAGAAUACAUUUUGAUAGCACAUUAAAAAAACGAAUUCAGUUUUGGCAGAUUAAAUACAAAUGACAUUCAAACUAAUUAUGAACAUAUUUCUAGAAACCAUUGUUUGAUAAGAUUUUUAUAAGAUUAACAAUAUGAAGGAGGAUGGGAAAUAAUGGAUUUAUCAAGUGCUUAAGGAACUUGGUUUGUUAUGUAGGAUGAUAUUUAUUACAAAAUAGACAAUUAAAGCAGAAUAAAAUUAGGAUCAAAUAUAUUAAAAUUUGAGUUAAUAAAAAAAGAGGAUGCAACAAGUAGGAAAUAGAAUAAUCAACAAGAAGAUGAUUUUUUAGAAAGUCUUCUUUAAUUAUGAAG